AUGUCUGAGUGUAACAUGUGUUUCCACUUUGUUCCGGAUUACCCAUUUGGCAGAUACAUCAAGAUACCUGCUGAUGCUGGGGACACGGAAAGUAUUCUGCAGCAAGUGGUGGAAGGCGUUAUUGACAAGCUAUUGCCGGUUCGUAAUAAAAAGCUUCUGCUGUCAGUCACUGACGGUGCGGAUGAGUUGGAUAAAGACGGUCGUAACGCAUUCACAGAAGGCCUCAAAAAGAUGUUACCAGGAACAUGUAUGGUGACUGGCGGAACCAACGAUGGAGUGACACAACUUGUCGGAGACGCUUUAUCUGUUUUCAACGAAAUUUUUCAUAAAGAUGUUCAUGUUGAAUAUUGUCCAACAAUUGGAAUCGUCUGUGUGGACCACAUACAUAAUAAAGAUACAUUAAAGCCUUGGGAACUGACCAGAGGAGCGUUCGGCAUUGACUCAGAUGGUGAGCUGUUUACCGUCGAUAAAAGCGGUGAAAGAUGGAUGUUGAACCCAGCUUCAUUGACCGAAGUUAAAGUUCAAAGUGACGGUAACACAACGGCUAACGCAUUAACACGCUUUGCUUAUGGCGACUUGGUGCAGAUCAGACAUCGGGGGAGCGAGGAGGAACACUUGUCGACCCUCGGUAAAAUUGGAUUAAUAGUGGAUGUAUUGGACGAUAUACGGUGGUACGCUAUUUAUAACAUCAGAGUGAACAGUGAAAAUCGGUGCUACAAGCACAAAGAGGUUACGUUGUUGACGGGAGAGAGUUUCAUUGGCCUGUUGAAGACACACUUCGAGACGUACGAGCAUUCAGAUGGCAUGCUUGUAAAGGCUGUAAUGAAUGACGAUGUCAUAAAUGUCUACGAGAUCAUCCGCCAGGCUUACAGGGAUUUCAACGGGGAUUUCAACAUAUCACCUUCGAACUAG